GGAUACCGCACCCCUUCCAUUAGAACGCCGGUAUCCUAGCGAGCCGGUUUGUUUUAUUCUGGACUGCCAAAGGGUUCCCGGUUUAAAUUUUCCGAAUUUUCAUUAAUUUGGAACUAACCAUGACUUCCUCGGAGGCUUGUGAAAUAACUCGACUGGAACCGGCGGCCAUUAUCGGAUUUGACGGCCAUGUCAUCGCCGGUUUGCGUGUCCACCCGGACCAGAAGCAUCUGGUGUUCCCAUUGGGGAACGAAAUUUCCGUUUACGAGUUAGAAACCAACCGGCAGACGUUCCUGCGGGGACAUACCAACACCAUCUCGACGGUGGAUAUUUCGCCGACGGGAAAGAUGGUCGCCUCGGGACAGACCAAUCACAUGGGCUUCCGGGCGUACGUGAUCAUCUGGGACUGGGAAAGCAGGAAGGAAAUUUCCCGUUAUGAGUUGCACCGGGUGAAGGUCCAGUCGUUGUGCUUUUCGUCCAAUGAGCAGUACCUGGUCAGUUUGGGCGGGAAGGAUUGCGGGUCGAUCAUCGUGUGGGACAUUGAGCAGAAUAUGGCCAUUUGCGGGAUUACGGCAACUAAAGAAACCACCGGUGAUGCUUUGAAGGUUUGCGGUCUUAACCAACGAUGGACGACUUUUGUUUCAGGGGGUGAUCAAAAUCUCCGAGUGUGGCACAUUGAUCGCGAUCGGAAACGUUUGAACGUGCAGGAUGUGGCAGUGGGAAAGCUGAGACGCGAAUUUACCGGCAUGCGAAUCACCGAAAACGACGAAAUUCUGUACGUGGGAACAAUGAGUGGAGACAUCGUCAAGAUACGGCUCAACGUGAGCUCGAAUCCGAAUGCGCCGAUGCCGGAUAAGACACCGGUCAUGUUGGGGUGCUUCGGGAAGCACAAUCCUCGGAAACCCGUUGGGAAAGAUUGCGAAAAGUACCACUAUGGGGUGCGUGAUUUGCUGAUCUUGCCCAACGGCAGCUUGAUUAUCGGAGCCGGAGAUGGGACCAUAGAGAUGGUGCACGAGAGGAACGUCAGCUUCAAGAACUACACCAGUCCCACGUGGCCGCAGCUGAAAUCGCUUCAAUCAACCAAGGUGGGCGGCGUGAUCACGUCCCUUCAGAUCGUGAAUCAAUACACGCUGCUGAUCGGGACAGAUGGUUGCGAGAUCUAUUCCCUGGAAUUGCAGAACUUCAAAACCAGUCUACGGUUGUUGAAAACGUGUCAUACCAAUGCCGUUUAUGACAUUGCGUUUCCCUACAAUUUUUCGUUGGUCUUCGCCACCUCAAGUCACGAAUCGAUCUGGAUUUGGUCGACAUCGCGGAUGCAGGAAUUGUUGCGUAUCGUUGUACCGAACUUUGCUUCGUCGUCGAUCGUGUUCAGCCGUGACGGCAAAAGUAUUAUUUCGGCGUGGAACGAUGGGGUGAUCCGUGCAUUCACGCCACUAACCGGAAAGCUGAUCUACGCUAUUCCCAAUGCACACAAUAAGGGAUGUUCGUCGGUGGCCGUUACCAGCAAUGGGAAGAUACUCGUCAGCGGGGGUAUUGAGGGGCAGGUUCGAGUCUGGAAGAUCGAACCCUACGUGCAGAGCAUGAUCGGUGUUCUGAAGGAGCACUACGGUCCGAUCGAGUCGGUUCACAUCAACAGCUUCGACACGGAAGUGGUUUCGGCGUCGCGAGACGGAAGCUGCGUAAUCUGGGAUUUGAUCCGGCUGACGAGAAAGCACGUGAUAUUUGCCCAUACGCAGUUUAUUGCCGCGCAGUACUACCCGACGGGAGUCCAGAUAUUGACGGCUGGUUCGGAUAAGUUGAUCGGAUAUUGGGAAGCAUUCGAUGGCAGCUUGGUACGAGAGGUGGAAGGCUCCAAAUCUGGCCCAAUCAAUGCGAUUGAUAUGAACAUGACUGGGGAGUAUUUCGUGUCGGCUGGAACUGAUCAGGUGGUACGUCUGUGGGACUAUCAGUUGGGAGUUGAGGUGGCCGUGGGAAUUGGGCAUGCUAGUGCCAUUACAUCAGCUAGGUACAGUCCCAACGGGAAGUUCCUGGUGACCGGAUCGAGCGAUGGGGGAAUUUUCGUCUGGACCGUUCCGGAGAACUACCACAUCAAAAUCCCGUCGCCACAAGAGCUAGCCGGCGGCAGCGGUAGCAACAAACGCACCAAACCAACCACCGAUAGUGCCGGCAAAAGAUUGGUCCCGUGUCGUGCCCCGAAAGCCAGUAACGAAAACGUCCGACAGUUGGAAUCGGCUCAUUCGAACCGUUCCAGUCAAAUUGCCAACUGUCCGGCCGUGGACCUGAACGCCCAGCCGACGAUCGAUCCGUGCGUUGAUACAGCUUCCCUGGCGGACGAUACUGAACAGCAGGACCAACUGGAAACACGGUCUGUUCACUCGCAGAAAUCGCAGAUUUUCGAUCGUUAGUUUUGAGGAGAUAGUGUGCUUUUAUUUUUAUACAUUUAAUCUACGAGUCAACUUGGUUUACUUUAUGAGAGAGCUAUUUUUUGAUACAAUGUUUUUGACCUAGUAAUCAUAAUCAUCAUCCAUUUUGAGCAGUCUACCAAUAAAGCUACUGAUUUGAACUCGCGCAGCUUUCAGUUGAGGGAAAUCGUCCUCCUUGGGUUCGUACAUGUUGGCACAGUGGGCGGU